AUGCCCUCGGGCUACAAACAUGGAGACACGCCCAAGAAGGCCAUGGUUCGCGGGACCAUAGGCUACCUCGAAUCCCAGGGCCUGCCCGUCAACAAAUCCGCCAUAUUCAGACACUUUGGACUAUCGCGGUCCCAGGGCUACGCGGCACUCAGCGGGUCAGCGCCGAAGCGGAGUGACCCCGAGUGGGAAGAGACGCGAGGGCGGCCCAGCAAGCUGUCCGACGAGGACCAGCAAAAGCUGGAAAGCAUCCUCUGGGACGAGGCGUACGAGGACGUGUACCUCAACUGGGCGGGGCUGGCGAAGCACGCGGGCGUAGAGAUGGGCUGCAACCCGAGGACGAUGCACCGGGCCAUGGGCACGCUGGGGUACAGACGGUGCCUGGGGUGCGGAAGGGGGUGGGUGAACAAGAAGCUGCGCGAGAGGCGGGUGGAGUGGGCGCGCCGGAUGCUGGACGCGUUUGCGGCCGCGGAGACGGGCGGCUGGCGGACGGUCCGGUUCGGGUGCGAGCUGCACUUUGGCUUCGGGCUCGACGGCGCAAUGAGGGUGAUGCCCCGGCCGGGGGAGAAGUACUGCCCGGGCUGCGACGAGACGCGGCGGUCCGUCGACGACGAGGCAGGCGGGCCCGGGAGGUGGACGAGGGACGUCAAGAGAGUCCACGCGUGGGCGUGCGUGGGGUACAACUUCAAGAGCGACCUCGUCUUUUACGACGCCGCGACGAGCCCCAACUCGUCGGGCGUCAUGGCCAUGGCCGACUACCGCGACAAGGUUCUCGAGAAGCACGUCAAGCCGUGGCUGCGGCCGUCCGUGGGCGGGCCCCAGUCCUUCAUCUUGGAGGAGGACGCCGAGUCGUUUGCCCACGGGGCGCUGAGCAAGGCGAAUCCCGUGCAGCAGUGGAAGGAGCUCAACGAGCUCCGGAGCCACUUCAACUGCGGCGAGAGCCCGGACCUGAGCCCCCUUGAUUCGGUGUGGCCGGCCGGCAAGCAGUGGAGGAUGAAGCCGCUGAAGGACUGGGACGAGGCGUCGCUGAGGGAGGCGGCCCGGAAGGCGUGGAGGGACGUGGUACUUGACCAGGAGAGGGUCAAUGUCUGGGUGGAGUUUAUGCCGGAGAGGCUGAUGGCCGUUGUGGACAGCGGCGGCAAGCUGGUGUCGUGGUAG